AAGGCAGUAAAACCAACACUCACAGUAGAAAGAUCAAGAUAACAUUUUUUUUAAUAACUAAAAACACAAUCACCUAGAUCAAGAUUUAUUUUUUUAGUAAAUUAGUUAUACCAUCUCAUAAAAGUGUCAUACUGUCAUUAGCAACUCUGGUCGUGGAGUGGCUACGAGGUUUGGUUUGGUGGACGCGGGAGAGAGAGAGAAAAUAUCAGCACUAAAUCAAUCAAAAUAAAUGAUGGUCCGGGGCAGGAGAAAAGCAUUUGUGGUGUCCUAUUUUAACUUUAUUUCCCACCCACACAAAAGUCUACUCUUCCUCUGACCUCCCCCAUCCCUCUUCCUUCCACGUUCCACUAUUCCACCAUCGCUCUCUCCUCUUCUUCAACUCUAAACUGAGAUUAUUGUCUUGAAGCCUAGCUAAAACAAGCUUAAUUAAGGUUCCAUUAUCCAUAUUUGCUGAAAUUCCCAUACAGCCAGCCAGUCAAACAAAAGGCAACAUCCCAUCAACUCCCCCACUACCCACUCAGGUGGGGGAGGAGAAACAACAAAGAAAGAAAUUAAAGAGAAAGAGAAAGCAGUAAUGGCAGUCAGAGUGCAGGUUGCACAACAGGACGAAGAGGAAGCUGUCGGUUGUUAGUGGAGCUAAGUCUCAUCUUUCUCAUCACUCACUGACUAGCAGAAGCUGAAUUGAAGAGCAAAAGGGUUAAGUUACCUGAUUUAGCAUCAAUGGAGUCCAGAAGCAAGGAGAAGUUUGAGGGGAUUCCAAGGUCUAUGGCUUUCAGUUCACAUCCACCUUCAAGAAUCAACCUGCAGGCCCAAGAAUCAUCAUCCCAGCAAACCCUAGAUCAGAUGGGGGAAAAAGAAUUAGAGCAUCAUCAUAUGCAUGAAGGUCCUUCAAACCCAGAUCCAGAUCCAUCCUUACUAAACAACAAACCUACAACCCAGCAAGUAUUGCCUCAAAGAUUUGCUGAUACUGAUACAAGUAAUACAACUACCUUAAUUCGCUACCGAGAAUGCCUGAAGAACCAUGCUGCCAGCACAGGCGGCCAUGUAACAGACGGCUGUGGAGAAUUCAUGCCCAGUGGAGAAGAAGGCACCCUAGAAGCCUUGAAAUGUGCAGCUUGCAAUUGUCACCGCAACUUCCACCGUAAAGGAAUCAGGCAUGGUAGUAGGAGCACCUUUCAGACACAAAACCCACCAAUGCUGCCCCAGCAACAGCAUUACAGGGGGGCCAUGCCACCGCCGAUCAGAGCUCCGGCAGAAUCAUCAAGUGAAGAUCUCAAUGCCGGUGGUGGACAAGGGCUAACGCAAGUGCCCUCAUCAAAGAAAAGGUUUAGAACAAAAUUCACCCAGCAGCAGAAACAACAAAUGCAUGAAUUUGCAGAGAAAAUAGGGUGGAGGAUCCAGAAGCAAGAUGAUCAAGAAGUGCACAAGUUUUGCAGUGAAGUGGGUGUGAAGAGACAAGUGUUCAAGGUCUGGAUGCACAACAGUAAACAAGCUGAGAAGAAGAAACAAAUGUAAGCAAAUGACACCCGUGAUUCUUAACAUCUCAGAUCAUAGUUAUAUUGUGCAUAAUAGCUAGUAGUACAUAGAGGGAAAGCUAGUUCAUAUAACCAUUUUUUUAUACAUUAUUAUAUAUUCCCAACUUUAUGCAACUAUGAACAUAUGAAUGCUCAUUUAAUUUUAUUA